GAGCCAAACAUGGAAACCAUUGUCUCCAAAUCGAUGGUCGCCGGAGUACAGAGCGUUAUGCCGGUGGAAGUCACGCAACACCGUGAAGUCCGCUCUAUAUCCGUCGGAGAUCCCGUCGGAGCUGGAAUAUUCCGGCGAACACUGAACAUAGUUACGUAUUACAAGCAUGCAGGUGACAGUGGUGAGAGAGGGUGGUUAGUCGCUGGAUGGAUAAAGGAGUCGUUGGGAAGAGCCUUGACAGAUCAGCCGAUGGUUUGUGGUAGACUGCGGCGGAGGAGGACGACGUUGGGAGAGGAAGAUGGUCUGGAGGUGGUGGCCAACGACAGUGGCGUUAGGCUGGUUGAGGCGAGGUUUCCGGCGGGUUUGCCGGAGUAUUUUGAAAUGGUGAGAAGAGACAGAAGGAGAGCUGAAGUGGAGACUGUCUUCUGGAGAGACAUUGAUGAAGUUGAUCCUCAGUUCUCUCCAUUGUUCUAUGUUCAGGUGACUAAUUUUGAGGGAGGUGGAUACUCAAUUGGGAUAAGCUGCAGCAUCCUAAUAGCUGAUCUCCUACUUGAGACAGAUUUCUUGACCAAAUGGGCUAAAAUCCAAAGCUCUUUAGCUCAUUCUCAAACCACACUCAAACCAAUCUUCUACCUCCCACCGGGCAAAAGAGACAAUUUCCUCAAUGAAUUUCCUAGAUCAGCCUCCGUUCUCGACCGCGGUGAACCCCUUGUUUUCCGAGCCAAAACAUGCUCGAAAAUCUCACCAGCCUGCAUGAAAACAGCCGUUCCAAACGGCAAAACCGCAAGAGCGGAUGCUUUCUUGUUUGUCAAGGAACAAGGUAGUGACAAAAAUAGUACUACUGGACGUGAUAGUACGAAGGUGGAGAUUCACACGAGUGGUGAAGCGAUUAGUGAUUGCGAGUGUGGUGGCGAUUUGGAGGAGACAGAUGUUGGUGUAGUACUUGAUGUGAGUUUAGCGUUUGAGGACAAAUCUGAAGGCAAUGCAUGUUGGGUUGGGUCUAACACAAAUGGGGUUGUGUUUGUCUUCCCAUCUACUUUCGGAGAUACCAAGUCGUUUGUCAAAGCUAUUGUUGCCUUGCCAGAAAAAGUUACCUAUUAAUAAUAUCAGAGGCACUAAUAAUAGUUUUAUUUAAUAAUAAGGUUUUGAAUAUUGAUCUCAGGUGUUUUGUGAAUGAUAUUAAUGUCUGAAAGUGUAAAUGGUUUAUCUUAUAUUUGGAAACACUUGUUUAUUAAUAUAUAAAAGGAAAGAUAAUCCUU